AUACAAAGCACCAAUCAGUGAGGAUGAUGAUGCUGGUUUGGACAGUGACCGGUUUGUUACUGGUAACCCAUCUAGUUGAUGUGCAUGGCAAUGGCUACUGUUAUGGUGAGGGACCAAAAGGGCCUCAACAUUGGUCCAAAACAUAUCCAAAGUGUGCUGCGAAGUAUCAGUCACCCAUCGACAUCAGUGAAAAUGACACCACAGAAGUCCAACAUGGUAGCCUGACGUUUGAGGGAUUCUUCAAGAAGGACAGGAAGCCAUACGACAAAGAUUGGAGAGUAGUUAAUAAUGGAAAGCAAUUGUACAUACUGAUUUCCAACAAGUGUUACAUCAGUGGAGGUGGACUACAAGGAAAGCAUAGUCCCUACGUUAUAUUCUUCCAGUGGGGAAGAGUAAAUGGCAGAGGAUCAGAGCACAAAUUGGAUGGCAAGUUUUACGAUGGUGAGAUAAAACUGAUGUGCCAUCAGCAGCCCGGGACGAACAAAGUAUCGGGAUUUGUAGCCAUGGUCAAGGUUGUUGAGCAGGACAAUCCCCUUUUAUAUGAGUUGAUGUACGCUGUGAACAAGGUGAAAUACGCAGAUGAUGAAGCAAGCGUAAGUCCACAUGAUAACCUGGCCGAUAUGCUUUCGCCUGAUCUGGGCAAUUUCUACCGUUACCAAGGUUCCCAAACAUGGCCUCAAUGUAAUACUGACGUCACCUGGACAGUCUGGAGAACUCCACUGGAGAUGGGCAGAGCACAGAUGGAAGUGUUCCGUGGCUUGUACAACAAAAAGAAAGGUACCAGAGACAACAUUCAUAUCGGGGACAACGUUCGUCCCCUCCAGCCUCGCGAGGGCCGAAAGAUUGAGUACAAUCCACAACAUAACUACCGCACACAGGUGGAAGCUUCUAUUUAGAUCGUCAAGGAGUUAUCAGUCAUGUACUUUGAUGACUGAUCCAUGUUAAACUCUGUCAAAUACUAAUUAGAUAUGAGUUAAAUUGAGAUGCAAUUAAAUUAAUAUAGGUUUUCCCGGUUAUUAAAAAAGAAAAAAAAAAUCGUUCGAGUUCACCGAUUCUUACAUUCAAAUUCAUCCAGCAACAUCAAUUUAGUGCACUUCCAAUGUUUUGUUUCGUCUUUUGUCAAACAAUUUCAAAUUCAGUCCAAGCAAAUUGAAACAAUGAGCACAUGCACGUUAUCGACCCGGAGUAUUGACCUCGUCUCGUCUACGCCGAAUCGUGUUAUUCAGAAAUCAAAUUUGUCUAUUUGAUUUAUAUGAGACG